AUGCUGGAGAACCAUUAUUUCGGUCUCACGGAAAAUCUGAAAGAGGCAAUAGCGACUAAAAUCGUGCAGCAUCAGAAAAAGGUGUCUGAAUUCCGAACUGUUCAUGGGAAGAACGUUAUUGGGCAGAUCACCGUAGACAUGAUAUACGGUGGAAUGCGUUCCAUGAAGGGCCUAGUUUGCGAGACGUCAUUGUUGGACCCGAUAGAAGGCAUUCGUUUUAGGGGAUACAGCAUCCCAGAAUGUCGAACACAUCUGCCGAAAACGAUCGGCUCUGAGCCAGCACCGGAAGGUAUCUUCUGGCUGUUGUGCACCGGAGACAUUCCUACGUCAAAACAGGUAGCUGCUGUCACGGAUGAGUGGAACAACCGAGCCGUCAUUCCAGAGCACGUCGUCAGUCUCAUCCAAAACUUUCCUCGUCAUCUGCAUCCGAUGGCGCAGCUGGUUUCCGCCGUUAGUGCGCUCUCAUCUGAAAGCAAAUUUUCCAAAGCUUAUAACGCUGUUAUUAAAAAGUCCUUUUAUUGGGAAUAUAUUUAUGAAGAUUCCAUGGAUCUUUUGGCUAAGCUGCCGACCAUUGCUGCGCUAAUUUAUCAGAACACGUUCAAAAACAACUCCACUGUAGCAGCUGUCGAUCCCAAGCUCGACUGGGCCGGCAAUUUGACCCGAAUGUUGGGGUACGAAAGCAACGAGUUCAGUGAUUUGAUGCGACUUUACCUUUGCAUUCACAGUGAUCACGAAGGAGGAAACGUAAGUGCCCACGCAUCGCAUCUGGUUGGUAGUGCUCUUUCAGAUCCUUACCUGUGUUUUGCUGCCGGCAUGACCGGCCUCGCCGGCCCUUUGCAUGGGCUUGCCAAUCAGGAAGUUCUUAUGUUCCUACAAAAGAUAAAAGCAGAUCUGAAUCACAGCUACACGGAACAGUCGCUGAAGGACUGGUUAAACAGAUAUUUGAAUUCCGGACAGGUCAUUCCUGGCUAUGGUCAUGCUGUCCUAAGAAAGACAGAUCCUCGAUUCGUAGUUCAGCAUGAGUUUGCGCUGAAGAAUCUGCCUAAUGACCCAUGGGUGAAAUUAGUGGCCGAUCUGUACAAGAUCGUGCCAGAGAUGCUGAAGGCUGUCGGAAAGGUUCAAAAUCCAUAUCCAAAUGUCGAUGCGCACAGCGGAGUUUUGCUUAUGCAUUACGGCAUGAAGGAGAUGAGCUUUUAUACCUUGCUGUUCGGUGUAUCGCGAGCCAUGGGUCUUACCUCUCAAAUGAUCUGGGAUCGCGGAAUGGGACAGCCGUUAGAAAGACCAAAGUCACUUACUACAGACGAAUUGAUAAGGAUAACAGCAUGUAACUAA